AUGCGAAGUAUCAUCUGCUCGUCCCGCGGCAUAGCCCUUUUUCUGCAUCGCAGUAGAGGAGCCACCCGCCUUUCCGUCGCGUGUUUCCAAAUCUCGCGAUACUCGACCGUCGUACCCGAUUGCACAGAUGAAACAAUCUCCCUUCCUAUUGGAAACAAUGGGGCUAUUUCUCUAAAAAUUACGCGACCGAGCGCGUUGAGCCCGUCUGACCAGGGGCUCUCUCCCGAAGGCCCAAAUGUGAUCCUAUACCUUCCUCCUGGGCCUCUGUUCCAAGAAAAUGGCAUGAGCGCAUCUCAAAAUCAUGAUAAUUUUGAAGUUGAUCACCAAGGCAUUGGCGGUGCCAACACUUUGGCCUCUGCAGCAGGUUCACCUCAGCAUGUCCUGGCAUCUACCGCGUCUGCAUUGGUAGUCACCGUCAACUACCGCCUCGGAGAGAUACAAACACCUAUCUCCCCAUCAUCAGAUAAAAGUUCCAUCUCACAAGAGCCAACUGGCCCGCCAGACCAAACCCUGGUAUCAAGCAACCCCCAACUCACCUCUUACAAAUACCCAACCCCAGUGCACGACACACUGGCCGGAUUCGACUGGAUCAAAACGCACCUCCGACCAUCCCAACUAGCCAUCUUCGGCACACACAUCGGAGGCUCUCUAUCUCUAAUGCUAGCUCUAACAGAAGCCCAAUCCAUCCAAGCCGUCGCCGCCGUGGACCCCAUUUGCGACUGGCCGGGUUUGGAUGAGUACUGCACGCGCGAGAGCACUAUCACAGACACCAAGACAACAAUAGCAGGUGAUAAUAAAAAUACCACUGCAAGCUCAACGGCAACAUCAAAAAACAAGCGCCAACCAAGAAAAAAGGCCCCGACACCACCAGACCUAGUCCCUCUCCUCCAAGCCCGCUCGAGAUUCUUCUCAACGCCAGAGCGCUGCUUUGACUCCUUUGCUUCGCCGAUUCUCUUCCUCCGGUCCGCGGGUCGGGACGUCCCACGCACAUUCCCGCAGUAUCUUACGGGGCCGGAGUAUCCCGUCCCCGUCCUGAAGGAGAACGCGCGGAGGACAGCCGAGCAAUACGAGGCAUCGGACGACUCAGUCUGGGAUCAAGAUGUGUGUCCCGAUAUGGAUGCCGAUGGCGUCGAUGGUAUUGGCGCUACUGUUACCCGGCGCCGGAAGGCGCUUUCGCGCUGGCCGCCGUAUGGGCUGGAUUAUGGGCUUAGUGGGAAUGCGUUCUCUGGGCCUGGAGAUGGGGUUGGGCGGUUGGAGAUGGCUUUACCUUGGGUCCGGGUGUUUUCAAGGGGGGACGGUGCUGCGUUGAGUUCUGGUUCUGGUUCUCUGUUUUCGUCUGGGACCGAGAUGAAGAAGAAGACUAGGGAGGGAGGUAAUGGGUCUACGGUUCUUGCUAGACAGACUGAUGAGAUGGUUUCUGCUAUGCGGAGGGCUUGCUUUUGGGGGCGGGAGAAGGGGGUUGGGGAGCGGAGGGUUACUUUAUCUCAGGCUCGGAGGACUGAUAAUAAUGAGGCAGAGGAAGUGGGGGAUUGGUUCAAGGAUGUGUUUCAAGGGACAUUGGAGGAUAUAGUUUAA